GAAUCCAGUUCACAUAAUGGGUUUGCGUUAAAAUGUAUAUUGCGUGGUAUACAACUAUACAAGAUUCGUGGUGCUCAUAUAGCAAAUCCAGUAAAUAUGGAAGUAAUGUAUUGUGGUUCCAUUACUCUUGCUAGCAGUUUGUUGCUUCUGUAAAACAUCAUGCCAAAUAGUCUUUCUGCUCUAAACACCAUGCAGAUGUUUACUAAAUCUAUGAAGGAUUCAACCUCAAUUUCUUUUGUGCUUUGCAUUUGAUUGAUUGUGUGGUGUGAUACUGUUGUACUUCUUUGUGUAGGAAUGCCAUAUCCUGAAAAGGAAGAAGUCCAUGCCCUUCUAAGGCAGGACCCAGAUUUCUGGAAAAUAGGCCCUUAUCUGAAGUGAUGAUUCGAGCAGCAAUGGAUGAUGUGCGCUUCCUUCUCAAUAUACAAGAGAAAAUGAUGGAGAAGUUGAGAAAAGUAUCUUCAUGGCGUCUGUUAGUACAAAGUGAGCUAUACUGUAGGUGUUUUUGCAUAAAUGACAACCAACAUGAAGAUUGGCCGCCUCUUCCAGCUGUCCCUGAUGACAUUGAAGCUGAAGCUUGUGUUCCUGAGGUGGAUAUCCUUUCGCUCUUGGUUGUGCCUCCUGGAAAAAUGGGAUGUAUUAUUGGUAGAAAAGGAUCAUCAAUAAUUGUUGUGAAAGAAUCUUGCAAUGUUGAAAUCCAUAUCGGUGGUGCAAAGGGACCUCCAGAUUUAAUUCGCGUGACUUAUAGAGGAUAUGGCCAGGACAAAGAUAUACAUAGUGAAGGAGAUUGUCCCAGGCUUCGCACAAGAGGCUGAAAGAGGAUGAUGAUGCGAGGAAAUAUUUCUAUCAGCUGAUCAACACUGUCGGCUACUGCCAUAGCAGAGGCGUCUAUCACCACGAUCUGAAGGUAUUGCGGGGUGCUGCUUACUGAUGUGAUCUAUGGGAAGAAAAGUGGGUUGAUAGCAAUUAUCUUCUUCCUUAUAUCAUCCUGACGAUCUUCUGCUUUGUACUAAUGACACUCUCAAGGUGAUUUUGGACUGAGCUCCCUAUCACAGCAAGUCAGAGAGGAUUGGCUACUACAUAUGAUUUGUGGAACUCCCAAUUAUGUUGCUCCCGAGGUUCUUAAUUUGCAUCCAUGCCUUGAAUUAGCUAUGUACUUAUUUUCACCCAAGUGAAUAUUUUGUUCAGUUUUUCAGUACUUUCUUCGAUGUACAAGUUAAAAAUAACAAAGGUUCUGAUGGUGCCAAGGCGGAUCCGUGGUCAUGUAGGGUGAUUUUUUUGUCGUCAUUCUGUUCGAAGAUUAAAAUCUCAUGCUGCUUUACAAGACGGUGAAUAACUUGUACUACUUUUCUUUUGCCAAAUGUAAGUUCCUUUUUUGCGUGAAAAAUAAGUAAGUGCCUGAAAGAUAACCUGCUUGUUCAUGCAUAUAUACAAAGUAGGCUCCGGUUUCCCAUCUUGGUUAUCGACAAGACAAAGAAGCUCAUCAAGAAGAUAUUAGAUUGUAAUCCUCACUGUAUGUUAUGUUCAUUGGUACCAUAUCAGUUAAUUUUAUCCAAGCUUAUACACACCAUUUAACAUGUGCUAGCUCCACGCAUGUGACAUAUCUCAUGUUCCUUAUUUGGUUUAGGUAAUUUCAUUCCAGAUUUUAGUUUAACAGUUUAAAUGUGAGUAUACACACUUUCCUUGGUCUGUAUUAACAAGAAUACUAUAAAUAUGUAUAGAGUACAACUCACAAUAAAGUAGUUGUCGUUUCACUUUUCACUGCUAAGAGAUACCUCUUCAUGGCCCCUCUUUGCAUUAUUUUUAGACCAGCAGAUUCUCUUAACUGUCCUUGAAUCUUUGGUACAUGACUUGUAGAUAAUUGUUCCCAAUGUGAGACUCAUUCCUGUGGCCUUCUGGGUGAUGUGGUUCUGUGAGUUUGUUUCACUAUCAAUUUCUAAUUUCUCAUCUGAUUUUGACACCUUGCUCUUCUGCAGUUUUGUUUCACUUUUCAAGGAUGAGUAUCUUUACUUUGAAAAUGAACUGGUCAUAUUUCUAUUGGAAAUGAAGUGAUGUUUCUUCCCAGGUAAACAACUGAAUUCUCUUCUACUUUAGUAGACUCAGUAACUUUGCUUUUAGAGUUAUUGUUUAACACUAGCACUACCCCUGAGUAACUAGAUCAAUGGCUGCCACUAUGUAAAUCUUAGUUCCAUUAGAUAUGAUAGUCAUGGUUCUUCUGUCUUGGUCUGAUGAUUUUAUACAUGCCAAUAAGCAUCC